GUGCUACCAACACGUGAAUACAGCCCUGAAGAGGUACUGAACAUCAUUGUAAAAGGAAACAUCAAGACUCGGUUCAAAGUUACACUGGUGGCAGUUGGAGGGCUGCCCGGCUCAGGGAAGUCGACUGUCGUCGAUAAACUAGUGCCUAAAAUCAACAGUCAGCGCGUUGUUCCGGCACUUGGAAUGUAUGAAGUGGGUUACUGCUCGACGUCGCGAAGAGACAAGUUAACUCCAGAGUGGGGCGAAUUCACUCGAGAUGACAUCCAUAUGUUCAUGCUUACUCGUGCUCUAACGGAUAAUGGCCAGGCACUGCCGAUUUUGAAGCAAUGGUCUGGAAAUACCCUCCCACCAAAGUUGAUUACAGAUAAGCAGCUAUAUAACCACUUUCAAAAAGUGUACUGCGAUAUGCACAACGGGCUGUUAAAGUUUGCCGAAAGCGAAUCUGAUUUCCGAUUCCACGUGAUGACAGAGCCCAACUACGUUCUCUUGAACUUGUUUGACAUUGGGGUUAGUAAGGCUCUCAACGAGUCUCUCCCUCUCAUUUCCCGUCUAAUGCAACCCUUUGUGUUGCUGAAUAUGUUGAACCUUCAUAGAGAUGGGCAUGAAAGCCUCAGACAUCUGCCCAAAUUGACAGAUGUCCACAAAGCUCAACACGUAAUGAACGGAAGAUCUCGUGGACACUACUGUACCCACAUUGGUGGUUUUUGUAAACAACCAGGCAGGAGCAUUUUGAUUGGAACACACAGGGACAAACUAAAUGAAGAGGAUGCCCAUAGGAUGAAAAUGCUAACGGAGGCAGGCAUCAGAGCUAAGAUGGGGGAUAUGUGUGCCGGUGAGUCAAUGGAGUCAGAGUAUGUUGGUUGUUAAUCUCCACGAUCAAAACGAUGUCGAAAAACUCAAGAGACACAUAGAGGAAGUCAUAGAUUCUACCCCAGCCUUUCACCAUGAUUUACACCUGACGUGGAUAUUCCUGCGCAGUGCCCUCACGCACUACACGUACCCAGAUUCAGAUUUCAGAAUGCGAUGGGAAGAUUUCUAUAAACUGGCAUGCGAGUGUGGACUGAAAACAAAGGAAGACAUUGAAAAAGCCCUCAAGUUUUUCACGCAAUGUGGAAGCCUCAUGUACGACACCAAGUUCUUUGGCGAUAACGUGAUUUACAACCCCCAAGUUUUCUUUCAAAAAUUAAACGCCCUCUAUGACCCAGAAAAAAGGAACGGAGAAGACGACCAUUACCCAAGAACAGUGAGUGUCGGAAUACUAUGUGCAAAAGUUGCGGAGGAGAUAUGGAAGGAUGACAAAGAUUUCUUCUGGGAGUUAAUGCAAAAAGCUGCUGUUGCAGUUAAUCUACCCGAAUCUAAGUAUGGGAUCACGUGCCCCUAUGAUGGUUGUGAGGAAACUGAGCUACUCUUUGUAUCAACACUUCGUACGGGGCGAUUUGAAAGAAAGGAAGGGAUGAAGAAAGACUCUCUUUACAUAACAUUCAAUGGCCAGUAUAUGCCCGGAGACUUUCAAGUCCAAUUCGUCAAAAACAUCAAGCCAGUGAUGCCUGGAAUAAAGCUGAAACAUACCAAAGAGUAUUAUAAUCUAACCGAGUUUGAACUUCCAAACGGUGGGUCUUUUCGGAUCAUUGUCCACGGAGAUGUGGUUGAGUUGGUAGUGGAGGGAUACGAGAAUAGCAAGCUAGAAACAAAAACCAAGUCUAUUAUCAAAGCCACAUGUGUUGAAAUGCUGGAUUCCAUGCUAAAGUAUUUCCCUGGAUUCAAUUACCAGCUCGGACUACUCUGUACAGAUUGUCUUGUACUUAACAUUAAGGAGACUGACCCAGCACCAAACAAUAACAUUACCUCCUACCUUCAUUUCCUACCGACAGACUCUGAGAAUGAACUGUACUGCAGGGACUGCGGAGAACGAACGUUUGACGACGAGACUUACACACAGGGUUGCGGGAAGAUGAUUCAAUUGUCUGAUGGACAAAAGCGAUGGAUGACACUCAGUGAUAGGGAGUUUCAAGGUGCAACCGCUGGUGAAAAGUGCUACGAAGCAAGAAUUGUGGCACAGAAAGAGCUAUUCCAAAUUGUUAAACUGAUUCCAGUGGAGGUCUAUGGGGCAAUAUCCACCACACUGGGUCCAGGGAGAACCAGCUACACCUCAGUCUGUGAGGAGACAAUAGUGACACUCCUCACCGACUGGCAGAAACAGCAUCCCAGCAACAGACGAGAAACACUGGCUAGGAUCCUCCUCAAAAUGGGCUGCUACAAAGCUGCCAUCAAACUGGAUGCGAAAAUGUUCAACGCUUCCAUAAAAGAAGUGCCACAAGAUCCCAACAAAGAAGCCCUGUCAGCUGUGGAGAUGGAGAUACUCUGUAACUGUGCCAUUCCGUGGAGACUGCUAGCCACAGAGCUAGGUCUGGCUGGGGAUAAAGUACAAGAGAUUGCUCAGUUUGCCUGCACCAGUGACAGGGAACGCUGCAGGAGAGUACUGCAGGUCUUCUCAACAGAGAAGGAAUCAAGAAAGAGAAUAUCUGAAGCAUUACACAAGAUGGGGUGGACUUCUGCAGCUAAGAGUUUAGAAUGUGGAUAUAUUAACACAUAAUUAUUGUCUUACCUUGUGGUUCUAGCUGUGUAUAUUUUAUACAUCAAAGAGACUGCCUGAGGCCCUGAAAAUUCCCACAUGCAUGCUUGUUCCUGUUAAAAAUGGGAUGGCCUAGAUAAGGUGGCCUAAAUUUUUCGUA